AUGCCCGUCGCAAAGCCGGACCUCUCCGACCCCGUCCUUCGCGCGAAGCUCGCGAAGGGCAUGGGCCACAACUACUACGGCGAGCCCGCGUGGCCCAACGACCUUCUCUACAUCUUCCCGGUCGUCAUCCUCGGCACGAUCGCGCUGUCCAUCGGCCUCGCGGUGAUGGAGCCCACGAUGCUCGGCGAGCCCGCGGACCCGUUCGCGACCCCGCUCGAGAUUCUCCCGGAGUGGUACUUCUUCCCGACGUUCAACGCGCUUCGCGUGAUCCCGAACAAGCUCCUCGGCGUGCUCUCCAUGGCCGCGGUGCCCGUCGGCCUCAUCACCGUGCCGUUCCUCGAGUCGAUCAACAAGUUCCAGAACCCGUUCCGCCGCCCGGUGGCGACGUCCGUGUUCCUCAUCGGCACGUUCUACGCGAUCUGGAUGGGUAUCGGCGCGACCAUGCCGAUCGACAAGGCGAUCUCCCUCGGCGUCUUCUAA